UUGUCUCUGUUGCCUGAGAAUAACAGAUGGAAUGAAAGUAGAGCCCAGCUGCUUGCACAAAUGGAUGUUAGCAUGGGAGGAAGAGUAGCAGAGGAGCUUAUAUUUGGAACUGACUAUAUUACAACAGGUUCUUCCAUUGAUUUUGAUUAUGCAACUAAAAUAGCAAAACGAAUAGUUACCAAAUUUGGAAUGAGUGAAAAGCUUGGAUUUGGGACCUACUGUGAUACCUGGAAACUGAGUCCAGAAACUCAAUCUGCUAUUGCAGAAGAAAUAAGAAUCCUUCAUAGG